CCUGAGAGCAGGCGGCUCUUAGUGGCAUGUGGGCUCCACAGGCAGGAGUCUUCGGGGAUGGGCCCGACAAGGGAAGGUGUGCACAGGCCUCCCUGAACACCCAGGCCCUCCAGACGGCCUCCUUGAAGGAUGGCCCAGCGAAGCGCGCAGUGUGGGUCCACCGCAACUGUUCGGUGCCAGAAGAACCUACCAAGUCAGCAGAGGUCAAGGAGAAGCCCAAGGUCAAGUUGAUCAAAGCGGUGGUCGUGGACCUUGGCACUGGCUACUGUAAAUGUGGCUUUGCUGGGCAGCCAAAGCCCACCCACAAGAUCUCAUCGACAGUGGGCAAGCCCUACGCAGAGACCGCCCAAACUGGGGCCAAUCGCAAAGAGACAUUCGUGGGGCAGGAGCUCGUCAAUCCGAAGGUUUGUCUCAAGCUAAUUAAUCCUCUGCGGCAUGGCAUCAUCGUGGACUGGGACUCAGUGCAGGAUAUCUGGGAAUAUCUCUUCCAUCAGGAGAUGAAGAUCGCCCCAGAGGACCACGCGGUCUUGGUUUCAGACCCACCCCUGAGCCCACACACCAACAGAGAGAAGUACGCGGAAAUGCUGUUUGAGACCUUCAACACCCCCGCAAUGCACAUCGCCUACCAGUCCCGCCUGUCCAUGUACUCCUACGGGAGGACCUCCGGCCUGGUGGUGGAGGUCGGCCACGGCGUGUCCUACGUCGUCCCCAUCUAUGAAGGUUAUCCUCUGCCCAGCAUCACGGGACGGCUGGACUACGCAGGCUCGGAUCUGACGGACUACUUGAUGUGCCUGCUGAACAAUUCGGGAACACACUUCACCGAGGACCAGAUAGGCAUUGUGGAGGACAUCAAGAAGAAAUGCUGUUUUGUGGCCCUGGACCCCACUGAAGAGAAGAAAGUCCCAGAUAUUGAGCAUAUGAUCCAGUAUAUGCUGCCAGAUGGGCAAGUGAUACACGUGGGCCAGGAAAGGUUCCUCUGCUCAGAGAUGUUCUUCAAACCUUCUCUGAUCAAGUCCAUGCAGCUGGGCCUCCACACCCAGACGGUGUCUUGCCUCAACAAGUGUGACAUCGCCCUCAAACGAGACCUCAUGAGGAACAUCCUGCUCUGCGGGGGGACCACUAUGCUCAGCGGUUUCCCUAACCGUCUGCAGAAGGAGCUGAGCAGCCUGUGUCCCAAUGACACCCCCCAGGUAAACGUGUUGCCCGAAAGAGAAACUGCAGUGUGGACGGGCGGCUCCAUCCUGGCAUCGCUUCAGGGCUUCCAAUCACUGUGGGUCCACCGCUUUGAGUACCAGGAACAUGGGCCGUUCUUCCUCUACAGAAGGUGCUUCUGA